UCUCCCAGGCUGCAGGCAGGGGCUGCAGGAUCUGCUCACUCUCUACCAAAGCCAAGGGCAACAAGGGGGCAAGUGCUAACCCUCCUGAAUAUCACCCUGGGAGCUGCUGCACUGCUGGACUGGAAGGGCCCUCAUUUUGGGUAUUUUAUUGCAUGUGCUGGUGAGGUUACCUCGGAAGCUUAUCCAGGAAUGGUGGACCAUUUGAUCCCUACUGAUGAAUGCUUCUCUACACCUCAAUCUGGUAUUAGAUUCUCAGCUGAGAUGCUGAUGGGUGGAAGGUCUUAUCAGAUGUUACCUUCUCCUGUAUCGGAGGAUGACAGUGACUCUUCCAGUUUCCGUUCUUGCUCCAGUCCAGACUCUCAAGUGCUAAGUUCCAGCUAUGGCAGCACAAGUAGUGCCGAGAGCCAGGACAGUAUUCUAGAUUACCUUCUGUCUCAGACAACAUUGGGCAACACGUCUGUAUCUUGGUGGGACAAGAGGAAACCACAGUCAAUGAUCAAAGAGGAAUUCUUCAAGGUUCCUGAUUUUGGGGGAGAUAUGGAGGAAUCAUUGUUUCAUCCCACCCUGGAUGAGAUUGAGGAGUUUUUAGAGGAAAAUAUGAAAUCUGAUUUAAAAGAUGACAUGCAACAUGAUGUCAAGGAACUGCGUAGUUGUGGUCAUUUGUUUUCUGAUCAAGUGAAAGAGGUUCCUGCGCUAGGGAGCUCCAUGAAAGAAAACACCAGUGAACAUUCAAAAAAGUCAUCGCAGGAGGAAUCAAGCAACAAAAGCUCGACUGGUAUUACUUUAGAGGGAGGAAUUCCUGUUAUUCUUCAAAUACAACCAAUGGAGGUCAAACAAGAGUCAAACUCCAACCAGGCUUCAUCUUCACAGUUCCCUGAUAACGUUAAAGUAGCACAACUUCUGGUCAACAUUCAAGGUCAGACAUUUGCUCUAGUUCCACAGCUAGUCCAGUCAUCGAACUUGUCCUCUAAGUUUGUCCGCAUUGCUCCUGUGCCCAUUGCUGCUAAACCUGUGGGCCCUGGAGGAGCACUUCAGGGACAGUCUGGAGUCAUGGUUGGUCAGAAGUUCCAAAAGAAUCCAGCUACAGAACUCGUAAAAAUGCACAAAUGUACUUUCCCGGGAUGUACUAAAAUGUAUACCAAGAGUAGCCACCUCAAAGCCCACCUGCGUAGACACACAGGGGAAAAGCCAUUUGCCUGCACAUGGCCUGGAUGUGGUUGGAGGUUUUCUCGGUCAGACGAGCUCUCCCGACACCGUCGUUCACAUUCCGGGGUGAAGCCGUAUCAAUGUGCUGUCUGCGAGAAGAGGUUUGCUCGAAGCGACCACCUCUCUAAACACAUUAAGGUGCACAGAUUCCCACGGAGCAGCCGCUCCACACGUUUGUCAAACUGACCCCCUCCCCCACGAUGCCCAUCCCAGAAUGUGUGAACUUUCCAGCACUUUGUGCAUCUUGCCGUCAUAACUUAUUAUGCGUGGAACAAAUCCUCUGUUCACCUGGAUCUCGGCGGUGGAUGGAUCUCGCCUCCCAUUUAAUACGGCUAUGGAGGAAGAUCAGACUCCAAAAGGGAAAGAGAUGUGAAAUCGGAACAUUGGACUGCUCAUUAAUGAGCUCUAUAUCUAUGCCCUUUAUGGUAGUGAAAUGGUUUAAAGGAAGAUUGAAAAAUGAUUUUCCAAUCUCAGCCUAAAUUAUAUUGUCAUUUGUGGUGGAAGGGUUCGGGUACUUGGUGGUAUGGGCAACGUUUGUGUUGUGAUGGCUGGAGAUAAAUGAUGCUGGCAAACCUUUUUAGGUUCAUUGGAGGUUACAUCGAUAGAGCAGUGUUCUAAACAUGAUUCAGUCACUGUGUAAACCAGGGGUAGGCAACCUUUGGCACUACAGAUGUUCUGGACUACAUACCCUAUGAUGCUUUGCCAGCAUUAUGGCAGUAAGAGCACUACAGGAGAGUUGGUCCACAACAUUUUGAGUGCUAAAGGUUUCCUACUGCUGUAAAUUAACAGAAUGUCUCUCAUGACUGCCCCAAAUUAAGAACUCUUCCCCAUAAAUACUCUUUCAAAACCGACACUAGAAUGCAAUGGUGCUUUGGGUAUUGUUUUACAAACAAUGGUUUAUAUGAAUAGAGAAAAAAAUUACCGGAUUAAAAAUGAUCCUGGACCAUAAUGGAAUGAUAUUAAUUAAUCUUGUCCUUAUGAAGCAUGUUCUACAAAUUUAUCAUCAUAAUGAAACACCUACAUAACUUCUGUGUAGGCAGGCAAUGUACGUGGAUAACUCCUCAUAAUGUCUGUGUAUUUCAGGUAGUGGAAUAUGUCAAUUUAAGAGGGGAAAAAAGAAAUGGAGGGGAUUAGGUGAUUAUAAAAACUUGGAUCUCAAUUAACAGUUACCUUGUUUAUUUAAAAAUUAAAAAACAAUAAAAGUUAUUCAUGUAGAGCAAUAACCAAUACAAAGACAAGUAUUUACAUUAAGUAAAGUAGCAUUCUUUAACUCCCUGGGAUGUUAACAUAUCCAAUCAGAGAACCCAAAAUAUGCCAAACUUGCAUUUUCUAUAAGCUGGUUUUCAACUAUAUUCUAUGCCAUUAGACAGAAUUUUAGAGUAAUCUAUUCCGGAGUAAAAAGUGUAAAACAUUCCUACUUCUAUUUUUAAAAUGUUCUAGGACAAUAAUGAAUGUUCAGAAUA